CUUCUGGGUUGGAGCAAGGGGAGAAGGAUCACCAGCAAAUUGAAAAGAAGCAGAAAGCCUCAAGAUGUCAGGCCGAAGUGGGAAGAAGAAGAUGUCCAAACUGUCCCGCUCCAGCAGGGCAGGGGUGAUCUUCCCCGUGGGGAGGAUGAUGCGCUACUUGAAGAAAGGCACGUACAAGUACCGGAUAGGAGUUGGAGCACCAGUUUACAUGGCAGCUGUCAUAGAGUACCUAGCAGCUGAAAUUCUAGAAUUAGCAGGAAAUGCAGCACGAGACAACAAGAAAGGAAGAAUUGCCCCCAGACACAUCCUCCUGGCAGUUGCAAAUGAUGAGGAACUGAAUCAGUUGCUAAAAGGUGUGACUAUUGCAAGUGGAGGUGUCCUGCCCAGAAUCCAGCCAGAGCUUCUAGCCAAGAAACGGGGUGCCAAAGGCAAAUCUGAGACCAUCCUUUCACCUGCUCCUGAGAAGAAGGGAAGGAAAUCCAUGGUGAACAAAAAGAGUGGGAAGAAGGCAAAGUCUACUAAGGCCCGGACACCCAAAAAGAACAAGCAAAAGGACAGUGAAAAAGAAGGAGCUUCAAAUUCAACAUCUGAAGAUGGACCUGGGGAUGGUUUCACUAUCUUGUCCUCCAAGAGCCUUAUGCCAGGACAAAAGCUCUCUCUGACACAGAGUGACAUCAGCCAUAUUGGCUCCAUGAAAGUAGAAGGCAUCGUUCACCCCACCACUGCUGAAAUAGACCUCAAGGAGGAAGUAGGCAAAGCAUUGGAAAAGGCUGGUGGGAAGGAGUUUUUAGAAACAGUGAAAGAGCUUCGCAAAUCUCAAGGACCUUUGGAAGUUGCUGAAGCUGCACUCACUCAGUCUAGCGGCCUAGCAGCAAAGUUUGUCAUCCACUGUCACAUCCCACAGUGGGGCUCCGACAAGUGUGAAGAGCAGCUGGAAGAGACUAUAAAGAACUGCUUGACAGCUGCAGAAGACAAGAAGUUGAAGUCCGUGGCUUUCCCUCCGUUUCCCAGUGGCAGAAACUGCUUCCCCAAACAGACAGCAGCCCAAGUGACUCUCAGAGCUAUUUCCACCCAUUUUGAUGGCACCAGCUCUUCCUCCUUGAAGAACAUUUACUUCCUGCUCUUCGACAGUGAAAGCAUCGGCAUCUACGUGCAAGAGAUGGCGAAGCUAGACCUGAAGUAGCAACAGCAGCCAAAUGAAACUUUAUUUUUCAACAAACUUGAGUAGCAUUAAAUGCAUUAGAGGUGGGUUUUAUUUUUUCAGUGUGGUGAGGAAGGGGAGUGGUAGUAGUGUGCUGUGUUGUGACUUGAUGAAGAGCUGUGACUAGAGAUGAGAGGGGUUUAGUCCCAUUCCUUCACGCUGUCAGCAUCCUCAUUUAUAUCACCUGAAGCAAUUGAGUUACCAUCUCUUUUCAGGAAUUUGUUUAGUGUUCCUUGUUACUUUAGUUUAGGAGUUUCUAAAGAGUAACCUCAUUUUAGAUUUGUAGUGAUGAAUUUUUCACAUACACAUACACACUUCAAAGAAAGCUCUUUAAAAUGUUCCCUUUUCCCCUCCCUUGGGGGUAAGUGGUAAACAGCCCACAGAGAGGGGGGAAAAGGUUUAGAAGUUGAUGCAUGAGGAGCUUCUGGUUUGCUUUUAACUCACAAUAAUAUCUGUAAUUACUGGGAAUAUUUCAUGGUGAUUUUGUUGGUUUUAUAAGAAAAAAAGAAAAA